UGGACUUCUACAUCACAUAUACAAAUAAGUUUAACAGAUUUACUUUUAUUUUGACAAAGUUAUGACUCAAACGGAUGUUUUCUUAACAAGAACGUAUUUCAUGUGGACCUUCUUCUACCCAUGAAAUCUUUACUUUUUCUAGGUCGUAAGUGCGUCAUGAGAUUGUUUAAAGUAUCUCUCAGGGCUUUGUCUCGAGUUAUCUCGUUAUGACAUUUUUGAUUGCUGUGAUAUCAUCACUUGUCUUUUUUUGCACAUAAAAAUAAUAUGAAAGCAUCAGUUGUUAUUCUUCAAAAUUCACUGAUAUGAGUAAUUUUGAAAAUACUAUUAAAAAUGAAUCGUCUGAUGGGUGUGUGUGUGUGUGUGGAUGUUAAUCUUUCCUUCAUUCGUAUCCAUACCCAUCCCAUAUUUCAAUUAGAAAAAAUCGAACAACAUCGUUUUCAACGAGUUGUAAUAUCAAUCAUUUUUUAUUAAGAAAUAAAUAAAAAAAUUUGAAAUACUUUAGUCCAAUGGAAUGAUAAAAGCAAUUGUCGAUAAAACGUUUAUAACUGAUCCGAAUGUUGAACGAUGAUUAGCAUUUGAAGCUGAACAAGAUCCAAUGAAUUUCGAUCAAGAGCAAAUAUGGCCAAGUAGACAAGAUAUUCAACAAUCUGAACAUCAAUUUAAAAAACGUGUACCUACAGAAACUUCUCAAUAUCAAACUGCAUAGUUUAUUUCUGAUGACGAAGAUAAUCAGUCUCUCAAUCAACAAAAUGUUUAGUUUUUUUUUUAAUAUUAAAUCUUUUUCAAUAUAUUAGGAUUUUAAUGAAGAUCAUCAAGGAAUCAUGGCUGAUUAUGCUAAUGAUCUACAAUCAAUUAACCUUGAUCAACACGAACAUGAAGAAGAUGAAGAUGAAGAAGAAAUGGAUGAACUUUUUAUGAAUCGAAAUAAUUAUGAUGAAAAAACAGAUUUAGAAGAAGAUAAACAACCUUUAAAAAAAUUGAAAGAAGCUAAAUUAGAUGAACAAUUUCCUGGCGAAGUUGAUACACCAAUGGAUGUUUCGGCUCGUGUGCAUAGUUAUGUAACUCUUUAUGAAAAAGAUGUGCCCAUCAGUAGAUUUGAACCUGCUCAUCAUUUAUUUGUAACGGGUCUUUUACCACAUGAACAGUAUUCAUCAGUAUUAAAUAUUGUCUUAAAUCAUACAAAUGAUAGUGAAAUAACUGUUAAAUCAAAAGAAAGACUUAUAUUUCAUGUUGGUUUUUGUCGUUUUUCAAGUUCACCGAUUUAG